UGUGCUUUUGCUUCAAUGUCUAUUGCAACGUUCUUAUUGCAUUCCGCAGGUCCUCCAGUAAACGUUACUUGCAAUAUUUUUAUCAACAGUUUUGGAUCAGUCACAGAAACCACAAUGGACUACAGAGUGAACAUUUUUUUGAGGCAGCAGUGGAAUGACACCCGGCUGGCUUACAGUGAAUACCCAGACGACUCCUUGGAUCUGGACCCAUCUAUGCUGGACUCCAUCUGGAAGCCGGACUUAUUCUUUGCCAAUGAGAAAGGGGCCAACUUCCACGACGUCACCACCGACAACAAGCUGCUGAGGAUUUCGAAGAACGGGAAAGUGCUCUACAGUAUCAGGUUAACAUUAACCUUGUCCUGCCCGAUGGACUUGAAGAACUUUCCCAUGGAUGUCCAGACGUGCACAAUGCAACUGGAAAGCUUUGGCUACACCAUGAACGACCUGAUAUUCGAAUGGUUAAGUGAUGGUCCGGUUCAAGUGGCGGAUGGUUUGACCUUGCCUCAGUUUAUUUUGAAAGAAGAGAAGGAACUCGGUUAUUGCACAAAGCACUACAACACCGGGAAGUUCACGUGCAUUGAAGUCAAGUUUCACCUGGAGCGCCAGAUGGGAUACUAUUUAAUCCAGAUGUAUAUUCCCAGCCUCUUAAUAGUCAUUUUAUCCUGGGUUUCCUUCUGGAUCAACAUGGACGCAGCUCCAGCCCGGGUGGCUCUCGGGAUCACCACCGUUUUGACGAUGACCACGCAGAGUUCGGGCUCCAGGGCUUCGCUGCCAAAGGUCUCUUACGUAAAAGCGAUAGACAUCUGGAUGGCAGUGUGCCUUCUCUUUGUGUUUGCCGCCUUGUUGGAGUACGCAGCCGUCAACUUUGUUUCAAGGCAACAUAAGGAGUUCCUGAGGCUGAGGAGAAGACAAAAGCGGCAAAACAAGGAAGAAGAUGUUACUCGGGAGAGUCGUUUCCAUUUCAGCGGCUACGGGAUGGGCCACUGCCUGCAGGUCAAGGAUGGCACGGCCAUCAAGGCCGCGCCCCCCAACCCGCCUCCGGCACCGCCCAAGGAUUCCGACUCCAUCAAAAAGAAGUUUGUCGACCGGGCGAAAAGGAUUGAUACCAUAUCCCGAGCCGCUUUCCCGCUGGCCUUCCUCAUCUUCAACGUCUUUUACUGGAUCACGUACAAAAUCAUUCGGCAUGAGGACGUUCACAAGAAAUAGGCAGUUUCCCUCUGGGCGUAGGGACCUUCUUGCCCAAGUGAUGUACUUGUAAAUAAACAGUGCAAUGAUCUUUCUGUCAUUUUGACAAGGGAGGGUGGGGUGGGCUUUGCAGGAAGUGGAGUUUAUGACACAAAGGAAGGAAGAGAAGUUACCCUAUAUGAAGAAAAAUGAUUACACAAAACUUAAGAUGUUGCAGGAAAAUGCAACAACGUGUCGAUUAACUCUGAUCUUUCAGAUUCUCACUUUAUCAACCCAAACCGACGGGGCCAAACUUUUCCCAAUCCCACUAUGGAAGUGUUAGCUUAAAAAUACCUAAGCCACCCAUCACGUGACUAGCAGCUGCCCUACAGUGAGUUUCAAGGACCAAACUUUUUUCAGGAAAACACUGCCUUUGUAGUCGAAAACAAGUCUACUGAGCUACAUUCCUUUAAAAUUUCAGUAGUCCACCAAAGUCUUUUUGUGAGCCACAGAUUAUUUCUAUUUCCAGAAAAGUAAAAAAACAAGAACAAAAAACCAACAGGAAAAACAGAUUUCUACUUCACUACCCUUGUGACUGUGCAUUUUGAUAUUAGCUUGCUCUCUGAGAAUUAUUUUGAGGUUCAGACUAUAUUAUGUGGUUGAUUUGAUAGCCGACCCUUCCAGAAAUCGAGACAGCCCACUUUAUUAUACCGGUUCCAAACGAGGGCACUGACUUUUUGAUGGUUUGCUGUACUUUCACGCCUCGGUGCCAAAGUGUAACGUUGCCGUCUCUCACCAUAAAUAUGGAGCUUUUUUUUUGUUUCCUCUACGCCGUAGCUCAAUUUAGAAUCGGCUCCCAUCCUUGCUCUCAUUGUAGCCGCAACCAGCAGCUCUGUAGGUCUACGGGCCACUGAUUUCUACCUUCAUCCAAGUGGCUACUGUUUUAACUAGCAUCAACUUAACCUACGAACUUAAAAAUUGUACUGUGAUCUUCAUCACCUGUUACCUUUCGGUGGCAGAACUUUGUGGGUCAAACCCUGGCUACGUGUUUUAAGUAAGAAAAAGGUAUUUUUGCUGAUUCAGAAAAAGACCACCUGUAAAUACGAUGAAAAAUAAAAUUUUCCACGUGUUGUGAGAGGGGUUAUUUAAAAAAAAAAGGUAUUUGUUCAAUUUCAAUAAAGCUAAAUGUGCUACAGAA